GGGCAACAAGCACAGCCACCUUCCCCCACCUGCACCGAGAGCUUCGUCAUGAACCUGUGCCACCCAGAGCCGGCAGAGCUGAGCAGCGGGGAGGCAGAGGAGCUACAGCGCAUCAGAUGGCACCGGAAGCAGCUGCUGGAGGACAUCCAGAAGCUGAAGGAUGAAAUUACUGAAGUGUUUGCCCAGAUCGACUGCUUUGAGAGCGUGGAGGAGAGCCGCCUGGCACAGAAGGAGAAGGAGUUGAGCGUGGGGCGUAAGAAGUUCAACAUGGAUCCCAUGAAGGGUAUCCAAUAUCUCACAGAGCACAAGCUGCUGCCACCCACUGCCCAGGACAUUGCCCAGUUCCUGUACAAGGGCGAAGGCCUCAACAAGACAGCUAUUGGCAACUACCUGGGGGAGAGGGACCCCCUCAACCUGCAGGUGCUCCAGGCCUUCGUAGACUGCCAUGAGUUUGCCAAUCUCAACCUGGUCCAGGCCCUUAGGCAGUUUCUGUGGAGCUUCCGGCUGCCUGGUGAAGCCCAAAAAAUUGAUCGCAUGAUGGAGGCCUUCGCCGCCCGCUACUGCCUCUGCAACCCAGGCGUCUUCCAGUCAGCAGACACCUGCUACGUGCUGUCCUUCUCCGUCAUCAUGCUGAACACCAGCCUGCACAACCCCAACGUCCGUGACAGGCCGCCCUUCGAGCGCUUCAUGGCCAUGAACCGGGGCAUCAACGGAGGCCGCGACCUGCCGGAAGAGCAGCUUCGGAAUCUCUUCGACAGCAUCAAGAGUGAACCCUUCUCCAUUCCAGAAGAUGAUGGUAAUGACCUUACUCACACCUUCUUCAACCCGGACCGUGAGGGCUGGCUGCUCAAACUGGGGGGCCGCGUGAAGACCUGGAAACGGCGCUGGUUCAUCCUGACUGACAACUGCCUCUACUACUUCGAGUUCACCACGGACAAGGAGCCGCGGGGAAUCAUCCCCUUGGAGAACCUCUCAGUGCAGCCUGUGGACGACCCCAAGAAGCCAUUCUGCCUGGAGCUCUACAACCCCAGCUGCCGGGGCCAGAAAAUCAAAGCCUGCAAGACGGACGGCGAUGGCAAGGUGGUGGAGGGCAAGCACGAGUCUUACCGGAUCUCAGCCUCCAGCGCCGAGGAGCGUGACCAAUGGAUCGAGGCCAUCCGAGCCAGCAUCACCCGCGUCCCCUUCUAUGACCUGGUCUCUGCUCGGAAGAAAAAGAUCGCCAGCAAGCAGUGAGCCUCCUGGGGGGUGGCGCUGAGGGCCAGCCACCUGUGACGCCUCCCCAUCCCCCCCCACGACCUGUGGGACCUCCCACUCUAGCGCACCUGUCCUGGCCACUGACCUGCACUACCUUGAGCUGAAUGUAGGGGACGCAGGGGCCUGAGCCCCAGCCACCUCCAAAGAAGGUUUAAGAAUGUCUCUGUCGGAAGCAGCCCAGUCAGCAGCCAGAGCAAGCCACGCCAUGGCCAGUGGCCUGCUCCCCUCCGGGGUUCGAUUUUCCAUCUCAUAGCUCUCUGCCCUCAAAUCAGGAGGGAACGUGGGGUUCCUGAGCUCUCUCUGCCUCCUGCUCCUUCCCUUCCACCUGCUCAGGACAUCCCAGUAGCUCCUCCCCAGCCUGGCCCUCCUUGCCAGAGCGGGACCCAAACCGAGGGAUGGGAGCCCAGGAGUUGCCAGCAGUGCAGCUGGGACUGGCUGGGUGCCCUCCCCCAGGUCAUUGCAAAUUCUUUGCAAAGUGCAGGGUAGGGACUAGAGAGGUGGUGGCCCCUACCUCUCUGUGCACUGAGGCCAGCUCUGGACUGGAGGCCCCUGGGAAGAGAGAAGUGGAGCGGGCUCCACACCCCCUGAGGAUGUGCCCCUGGGUGAGGGGAGCAGAUGGGACCCUGAGAGUGCGUCUUGCAGACUGGACACAGA